UAUCGAUUGCACAGCGGCAAAAUAGCACUAAAACUUGUUUUGGUUUCGUUUAUUAUUAUUUUAAGUUUAUAUUAUGGACCUGGAACACAUAGUAGCGAGCCCAUCGGCAAGCGAUUCCAAUUCAUCAGUGCACUCCCAGCGCCUACGUAGAAGAGAUAAGCGUAGGCUGGACAAUGGCAACAACACAGCCAGCGAUCAUCUUCCCCCAGGAAAUACAAGUAUAGCCGCAGAAGUAGCUAACAUCUACAGGGCAGAUCGCCAGGACAGCUUACUGGCUCUUCAAAUACCACAUAAGAAUCGAUCGGUAGGGCCGAGCAGCGAGUUCAUAUCCAUGCACGAUCUGCUGCUAAGUCAAGCUGAUUACAGCACCACGGUGGAGAAGGAGGAAGCCCCAGUACACAUUUCCGAGCUUAUACUACGAGAUUUCUGUUCAUCACCCACAUACGAGGAGGAGAAGGAUAUACCGAUCUGCGACUCACCUCCGUGGUUCCGAUUUCGAAAGAAAAGAAUAAACACCUACAGCCGAAAGCCACCAACCCAGAAAGAGCCGACAGUUGCUGACGACGAAGAUGAAGACGAUCGAUUGAGCUGCUCAUCCGGGCUCUCGGUACAGGAGGAUCACACAGUUGUUACCCGAGUGCCGGCACCGACGGCAUUGUGUGAAUUAGAUGGCAAUAGCUCACAGAAGAUUUGUGAAAAUCUUCUAAAUUUAAGCGAAUAUUUUUCUCUGAGUAAUACCAGUCCGAACCCAAACAAAGCCACCGAGUCUGUUGGCAUCCACAAAGCGAUAGCCGCCAAUACGAGCAUUGAUUUAGCCAUCAAACAAGAGGAUGCAUCAUUACAGCGAAACAAUAUGGAUCCGGAUUCACCUGUUGAGUGCACAUCUGUGGAAUUUGAAAAUCUGGAAGAGGACCUUCUGAAGCUGGGCUACACUUACGAAGCCUCUGAUGUCUGUGAUACAAAACAACACCAAGGAAACGAAACAAACACUCUUUUUGCCGAGAGUGGGAGUUUUCGAAGAUCAUCCCCAGCAAACGACGCUUCGGAAUUGGAUGCCAAAGUAUGUGAGGAAUGGUCCAAAGGUGAUUCGUUUCUUGUGGAUUAUAACACCGAAAAGAUUCCAUUGAGUGAUGAUGAACCUGCACAAACGGAUACAUCUGAUGAAAAUCCAACAAAGCGGUUGGAAACCACCGAACCAAGCAGUCACCUUUUAUUGGAAGACAUCCCAAUCAGUGAGUGGCAAACCAAAAUGGAUAUUCCCGAUACAUCAAAUUGCAAAACGGAAGCGUCGGCUCAAGAAAUGGACAAUACGACUGUCAAAUUAGAGGAGACGGCGAAAAUUGAAGUGGAGUUCCUUAAGGGAAUUCCAGACUGUGAGCCUAUUACAUUCCGUACGGCCUCAAACAAACCGAUCGAGGUGUCGGAGGAGAUGCAAAUGAAGGCGGCCAAGUUGUUGGCUGAUGUCGAAGGUGAUGAAUGGAACCGAAAGGAUAUUGGAGAAUUUGUUGGAUUCCGAACAGCCUCAAACAAACCGAUUAAGGUGUCUGAGGAUAACGAAAAGAAGGCAGCCAAGCUUAUGGCAGAUGUCCAGGCUGCAGACCAAAUGAGCGAAACAAGUGAUACUCAGUUCCUUCAAGGCAUUACUUUAAGCCAAUGGCAACCCAUGGACGUUCAAGAAGAUGUCCCGUUCCGAACAACAUCAAAGAAAUGUAUCCGAGAUUCGGAGGAGAUGAGAUUAAAAGCAGAUGUAAGCAAACCAAAACCAUCAAGCAGUCGUCAAAAUCACGAAGAAAUUAACAUGAAUGAGGGACAGGAAAUGGAUGUUUCAGAAUUUGUCGGCUUCCGAACAGCCUCAAACAAACCAAUCGAGGUUUCGGAGGAGAUGAAAAAGAAAGGAGCCAAGCUACUGGCUGAUUUUGAGGCUACAGACUUCAAUGAAUUGAAUCCAAUAGAUAUUCCAGAAACUAUUGGAUUCCGAACAGCCUCAAACAAACCGAUUAAGGUGUCUGAGGAUAGCGAAAAGAAGGCAGCCAAGCUUCUGGCCGAUGUCCAGGCAGCAGACCAAAUGAGCGAAACAAGUGAUACUCAGUUCCUUCAAGGGAUUACUUUAAGUCAAUGGCCACCCAUGGACAUUCCAGAAGUUGUCCCGUUCCGAACAGCCUCAAACAAAUUCCAAGUUUCGGAGGAGAUGAGAAUGAAAUCAGGAGAAGUAAGCAACCCAAAACCUUCAAGCAGUCAUCAAGAUCACGAAGAAAUGAACAUGAAUGAGGAGCAGGAAAUGGAUGUUUCAGAAUUUGUCGGCUUCCGAACAGCCUCAAACAAACCAAUCGAGAUUUCUGAUGAAAUGAAAAAGAGAGGAGCCAAAUUAAUAGCCGAUGUCGAAGCGGAAACAACAAAUCAGCCAAAUCUGAAGAGGUAUAACACAUUUCCCACAAGCGAUGCCCCGGAGGUAGUGAGUGCAUUAAUUGGGCCUGUUCUUUCUUUAAGUUGUGACCCUGAAUGCCAGUCGGAAAUGUCAGAUUAUCGUUCCGAUGAUGAUUUCAAGGGUUUCCCAUCGGACGAACUCCAGCCGCUGGACUUUCUUGAUCUCAAUGUCUUUCCCAGACUAUCACAGAAAGCAGAGGAGACUCACGCGAACGAUUCGAAAUCUGGGACACCCAAGCAACGACGGGAGACUUCCGACGGAAUCCCCUCAAGCAAGCGUCGACGUCAAGACGCAGACUGCCAACUCUCAUCGUCUCCACAGCAAAGAGAGCAGCAUGGAAGACAGCUCUCCAAAACAACGUCGUGUCACAGUGCAUUGGGAUCGCCAAUCAAAUCGCUGGGUAUGCCCGACUCUCUGUCGCAACUGGCAGAGCGUUCGCCCCUCGACCCCAUCACAAAGACGUCCGUGAUUGCUCGCCGGAAUCUGUUGUCGCUUAGCAGUCGACGCAAGCGGGUCAGCACCGCUGGUGAAUGCCAGGUCCAGGACAAUGUCACUCCGGUUAAGCCCCGCUUUGCCCCGAUGUUUGCAUCGACCAGCACGCCGCUGUCUAACAGGAAUAUAAACCGGCUUGAGGAAUCCCGCGGUGGAGAGGAUGUAUCUCCGAUUUGCAAGCCUUUUGAAAAAGUUCCCCGCCUUGGCCUGAGUCGCAGUCGAUAUUAGUCGUUGUUGUUAUUAGAUUUAUACUGAACAAUACACACAAACGCCGCCGGUUUGCUUUUGGUUUCGUUACAUACAAUUGUACAUCCAGAUGUCCAGAACUGCCCAAGAUUAAUAUUUAGAUGGCAUAUAACUACUUGUAAGCGUGUAAAAACAAAGUUUGAAGUGUGUAAUUAAAUAAGACAAUACUCGCACAUUCGUGGUGAUUCAGGGCAUU